UGAAGGUGAACAGUCGCGUGAUACACACUGGGGACUCGGUGUCAACACUAAACUCAAUAUGCAGAACCUCGGAUUAAUAUUUGUGUUACUAUUAUUUGUAAACGUGGUGUGUGGUGUUGAGACAGAAGUUGUGGAGGCGGUGUCUGUGAUUUUGGGAGAUUCUGUCACUCUACAGUCAGAAGUGACCCAAAUACAGCGCAAUGAUGUGUUUGAGUGGAGGUUUAGUGGACAUCGCAUUGCUAUAAUCAAUAGUGACCGCAAUAACAAAGUACAGGCUGAAGUUACUGAGAAAAUCAGAGACAACCUGCAGCUGGACCAUCAGACCGGAGAUCUCAAGAUCAGAAACAUCAGAACCGCAGACUGUGGACUCUAUGAACUUGAUAUCAACAGCGCCAGAGGGUCAUCAAAGAAGUCCUUCAGUAUCAGUGGUGUGGCGUCGGAUGACACGAAGGUUGUGUUGGUGAUGGAGAGAGACUCUGUCAUUCUACCCUCGGGUCUAUCUGAAAUACAGAGAGAAGAUCAGAUUACCUGGAAGUUUAAAGACACACUCAUAGCUAAAAUAAAUGAAACCGCUGGAAUCUUCUCUACAUAUGAUGAUGUUCUUGAUGGGAGAUUCAGAUACAGACUGCAUCUGACCAAUCAGACUGGAUCGCUCAUCGUAACUAACGUCAAACCCAACAUCUCUGGACUUUAUGAAAUCAACAUCAGCAAGAGCAGCAGCAGAUACACCAUGCACAAGACGUUCAAUGUGACUUCCAAGGAAGGAGAGAGCAGGCAGUCUGCGACGGAGGGAAAUUCUGUCACGCUACUAUCUGGUGUUCCUGAAAUACACAGCGAUGACGUGAUCGUAUGGAGGUCUGAGCAUGGAGACUCCAUCAUAGCAAAAAUCGAUAGAGGGAAGGUCUUAACUACGCUGGACGGAGCCGAUGGGAGAUACAGCGGCACACUGGAGCUGGACAGUAAGACCGGAUCUCUGACCAUCAGGCACAUCAGAACUGAACACGCUGGACUUUAUCACCUGGAUAUCACCGGCCAGCGGCGCACAAUAUUCAAGAGAUUCUUUAUUUCUGUCUGUUCACAGAAUUGGUUUCGAUAUGUUAUGGUGGUAAUUGUUGUUGCUGUUUUGCUGUUGGUCGUGAUUGGAGCUAUUGCUGUGAUUCGUUGUCGUCAAACACAAAAUGGCAAGUAUUACAAAAAGCUGAUGUAUUAAGCAGAUAAUUUGAGAUUUACUGUGUAGCAGAGACUUUGAAGAAGAAAAAAUGUGAUGUGAAAGCAUUUUAAAUGUGUUUAAUUGGGCUCAGUGCCAUUAGGGGGAAUCCAGUAUCAGGUAAGAUGCUGUUACACUGUUAUGUGCAACAUAAUACAAUUGUGUUUUUGAGUAAUUUAACUUUCUUUUGGGGCUUUGUGACACUACUGUCCAAACUGGAGUUCAGAUUAUAAACUUGGACAUUUUAAAGAAACCCUAUAAAGAACUUCCUCAAAUGCUGACUUUUUGGAGAAGUGAUAGCAGUCU